UGCUGGAGGAGCAAACCUGGCAACCUGGCAGCUUGUGCUGAGACCGAUUGGCAAUCUGGCAAUGCGGAAAUAGAUCUGGCACCCCCGAGCCCGGACUGAGGAGAGAGGCGUGACAGAGCCGAGCAGAGAGGAGAGGGGAUUGCUUUGACAAAGAUAAAAUAAUCAACUCUUUCUUUCCUCUUAGCUUUUUUUUUCUUUUUUUAAUUAAAGUGCUCAGGUGCGCGCUCCUGCACCAGCUGGGAUUUUUUUUAUCCCCCAGUAUUUGUUUUCCAACCUGACAAGUCUGAGAAGAAGGAAAGAAGAAGUGCGUUUUUAAGGAUUCCGGACUUCUUUUACUGACUUUUCCUCCCCCGUUUUCUUGCAUCAAGCAUGGAUGUGUUGGCGAAUUACAGUAUUUUCCAGGAACUCCAACUCGUCCAUGACACUGGUUAUUUCUCUGCGAUGCCUUCCCUGGAGGAGAACUGGCAGCAGACAUGUCUAGAGUUGGAGCGGUACCUACAGACGGAGCCCAAGCGACUCUCGGAGCUCUUUGAUGAGGAGCUGGAUUGUCUCUUAACGCCGACCUUCAUGCAGGGUGGUGACAGUGACGAGGACCUGAUGGACCCCCUCCUCCCCAGCCUCCCUGACCAGCCCAGCCCACUUCCACUCCUGGUAACCCUCCCCAAGGUCCAGGCCAAAAUCCUCCAGGUGCCCACCCCCAGCAGGACCCAAGCAGAGGCAGGGACUGAAACCGUCACACCAAAGGACCAAGUCCUGGCAGGAGUCAGUGCCGCACAGCUCAGUGCUGCCGUCACAUCCCUAACACCACCAUCGUCACCAGAGCUCGGCCGCCACCUCGUCAAACCCACACAGACACUGACUGCGACGGCAGACGGUACACUAACGCUCAAAUUUGUGGCGAAGAAGGUAGGGCUAGGGGCGGCUAAACUGGUGGCAGCACGAGCGCUACCGUCACCGCCAAGCCGAGGAGGAGCCCUCAGUGACAGUGAGCAGGGAGGAGGAGGAAGUCUGGGAGGAGACGUACCAGAGAACAAAAAGAGAGUCCAUCGGUGCCAGUUUAAUGGCUGCAGGAAGGUUUACACCAAGAGCUCCCACCUGAAGGCACAUCAGAGGACUCACACAGGUGAGAAGCCCUAUAAGUGCUCAUGGGAGGGCUGCGAAUGGCGUUUUGCCCGCAGUGACGAGUUGACGCGACACUACCGCAAACACACUGGAGCGAAGCCAUUCAAGUGCAACCACUGCGACAGGUGUUUCUCCCGGUCGGACCACCUGGCCCUUCACAUGAAGAGGCACAUCUGAGGGCAGAGAGAAAAGGAGUGGGAGAGGGGAAGAAGCAAGAGGAGAAAAAGGAGGAGGAGGAGGAGAAGGAAAGAUAGGAGGAGGAGAGAGGAACGGGCAGUCGAGCUACCAACCGCCCGCCUCGUUCACCCCGUCCAUGAACCAGUCUGCGGCCCCGGCGCCUGCAGGGCAGCGCAUCCAUCUGAGAGGGCCGUGAAGAUCAGUCAGACUGACGGCGCUCUCAUUGGAGACUGGGAUCGGAGGAAAACGAGGAGUAGCUAGAUUGUUGUUUUUCUUUACAAUUACACACUCACACACUUGCAACGUAAACACUCAACACACCCGUCUUUGAAUGCAUCAUCCCGGUGAACCCCGGCUGCUCUCACGCAGCUCUGGGGACUUGGACACUGCCAAACCAACAUAUACUUAACUUGCUUGAUGAAACAUUAACGCCGCCUUUUUUUCUUUCUCUGUAGUCAGUGUGUUUAAACCAUAACGUCACUUUAGGUGAGGAGAUAGUCCAGUGGGGAAACUUUAAAUAUCCAUAUAGUCAGUUGUUAGUGCUUUACCGGCUUCUUGAAUUCCAAUACUCAACUCUUUUCUUUGUGUUUUAAUGUUUCUCAUACACGGAACGUAAGAACUCAUCAUCUGCCGCAGUCAGCUUCAGUAAUCUACCAGAAGAAAACAACAACAAAUCUGCAGGAGAGAGACUGUGCGGAUCGACUUCUCGCAUAGCUGACAAUCGAACCCAGGGCUCGGACGCUGGGUGUCUUGGUGCACCCAUGGGACCUCGGUCAGCGGGUGCCGCUGCAGCUCUCAGGCUCUCCUCCAGUGGGUGCUUGCAUCUCCCACCUUCACUGAGACGCCUGCCGCCUCCGCAGGCCAUCUGACAGAAAUGCGCAGCGACACUUUCUUCCCUUUUUUUCUACUUAGAGGAUGAUAAUUCUUCUUGUUGUUAUUACAAAGAAUGACACUUUGUUCUUUUCUCUCUUUGAGAAAAUGUCUUAAAACUCACUGAAUUGUGUUUGAGGAAAAAAAAAACUGAAAAAUCUAAGAUGACUUCAACAGAAUGUGUGGGAUGAGAAGGAGAGCGUUGUUGGUCUUUUUAAUCCCCAUGUGCACCGGCUCUGCUUCUGCAGUCUGUACGCAACCAGUGGAUGAACAGAAAAAAACAGAAUCAUACAAAUUCUCAGAAAUGGGAUUUGUAUUCUUUUUUUUUGUUGGACUAAAAUAAAAGCAGAGAGCGGAGAGGUCUUCAGUUUUUUGUGCUGCUCUUUCUGCCCCGCGAUUCACUCCAGCUAGAAAACAAAAACCCUCGCAUGACCCUCUGUGGUCUCGCGCUCUACUGGAGUCGGGCGGAGGACUCGCUGAAAACUGGAAACCUGUUUUUUUCUUCUGUCUUUGCUUUUUUUGUUGAUUCUGAGAGUCAUCCUGGAGCGCUUUCACAGGCUCUCAUCUCCCUGGCAGCACUGCGGGGCACGAACGGAGGCUGAGGAGCCGCUUUUUGGUUACUCACGUGGGACUUAAGACGCCAAACGACCUUUGCGCGGUGGUGCCGAACAGACACGGUCGCACCAGCCCGGUCAAAUUUGCCUGUUUCGUAUCCAUUGACUGCACUGACUUUUUUUUUUUCAAUGUUAUCUGUGCUUUUUUUUCUACAGCGAAAAAAGGAACACAAAGAAAAAAAAUCAUAAAAAGACUUGAAAAAAAUUCAACACAAAAAACAAUUCUGUCUCGCUCUACACAUUGUAUACAGAACAAGCACACAUACUGCGCCAACACACACACACACACACACACACAGACUUACACAGUUUCUUUGCUCACGGCUCCUCUUGAGAUAAGACUAAUAAGAUUUAGGAAAAUAAUUAUUAAACUAAUGAACAGAGUUGGAAAACAAAACACUGCAUGGCAGGCUUUAUUGCAAACACACACACACACACACACACACACACACACACACACUCUUCCUGGAAUUAUAUGUUCUGCUCCCAGAUCUUUUUUCACAGUAGGAAUUUAGCAACUGUUGUUUAGUAGAAGAGUAUCUUAGCUCUCGGCUGGAGGUAACAAACGAUUCCAAAUCCUUUGAAGUGAGAAAUCAGCUUGUUCUCAGUUCCAACAAUCACCCACAUAUCCCUUGCUACAGUUUGUGCCUCUCAUUUAAUCAGCGGUUUUCACUUCAGAGACUCCGGUUACAUUGUUGGUUACAAUAGAGCGUACAAACCCCUGUUUCCUUUAAAAAUAAUAAGUGGUGAAAUGACUGCAGCAGGUCUCUUAACAAAAAUGUGUCGAAAACGUGUUUAUAAUCCCCAGAGGUGUCUCUGCUCUGACACUCACGCACAGUGGAUUUGAAUGUCGUCAAGAUGAAUCCUAACGUCUUGACCCAAACAACGCAUUGUCACAUCUCGUUCUUUAAAAACCUGUUAAAUUAGCUUUCUAAUCAUGGAAAGACCUGAAAAAAAAAUUAAUUAACUGAAACAUUGGGGUCUUAUGGUUACACCGGCAUUUAUGUAGCUAAUAUUUUGCACAGAAUUCAAUUAAUUUGAACAGUGUAAGAAUUAACUCACAGCAGCAGAGUAAAUCUAUGCUGAAUUUAACUUAGGCACUAAUGAGCAAAAUAAAUAAGUAAAUAAACACAUUUUAUUGCCAAAGGCCUGUAGGAUGGUUCGCUUACAGCUGUCAUGCUCACAACUGCAACAGUGUUUUGCCAUUUCUUGUUGUGACUGAGUGCUUAUAUGUGCUUUUAUGGGCAUGAUUAAAGUGGCCAACAAGGGCAAUGCACUACAAUGACCCCAAAAAAUUUCCAUCAGGAGAAACGAUGCCAAUUCAAAGACAAAUUCGAAAAUCACAACAAUACAUAAAACAACAAAAUCGUGCUGCAAGUGAAAAAAUUAGUUGCAAAAAUUUACUGGAAACAUGACAAAGUCAAAAACGCACAAACCCCAAAAACAAAUGCAACCGAAAACGCUGCAUAUCCAGUCAACUCAACAGAAGAUCUACAGGCCUCAAGGAGGAGUGUGGUGUUAGCUAGCUAGAGUUAGCUGUCACUUUUUUAUAUUGUAAUAUUCUAAAAGGCUUACUCUAAAUAUAAAAAAGAAUAUGUACCUUUUUAUGUUGCCUCUUUAAAGUGGAUUUAUACUUUGUACACUAGUGUGGUGGUGUCUGUGUCACUCUGCAGGUACACCUCCAAAAUGCUAGUCGCCGGCAGGGUUUCUGUGAAGUGCUGUAAAGUUUAGCUGAUUCAAAACACACAUUAAACACACAGUACACAAA